UUAUCCUUUUUCCGAAACAACCAACACGACCCCCAACAUGGCGGCCACCACGAUGACGAUGACCGUCGACACCAAGAUCUGCCUCCACCAGGCCAGCGAGGCCAUGGAGACGCUGCCCCGCAUGCGCUGGAACGAAGACGACCACCGCUUCCACUACAACGUCCCGCUCUGCGCGCAGCCCGGCGACGAAGGCUUUGUCAUCAUGCACGAAGUCGAGAGCUCCAACUGCAUCUUGCUGUCGCCGACUGACAAGACGAAAGUCUUUGAGAUGGAGAAGGUCAACGAAAUGAUCCAUGAGGUCGAGCUCGCCGAGCAGGUCCGGGACGCCAUCAAGCGUCUCGAGCACAAGCGGUCGCACAACAAGACUACUAAGGAGCAGUACGAAGAGCGCAAGUCGAAAAAGAGCAUCGAGGAAGUCGUGCCGUCCAAGCACGUGCACGAACCCAAGACGCGCGUCACGAUCAACAAGAACCCCAAGCCGACCCAUGUGCGCACGCUCAAGCAGCCGUCGCGCAACACCAAGUAAACAUUCGCCUUUUGUACCAUUAACUAACAUUUAAAAUGACACCGCAACCAUCCUCAUUUGUGACAUCGC